AUGCAGCCACUACCCAGCCCGAUCUCGAAUUGGAAGAAUGAGAAAUUUCCAUCCCCACUUGUCCGCGCACUCCCCGCCCGGCGCCCGCAGAUGUCUGAGUCUGACUCUUACCUUUUGGUUGAUUUAUCCGGCACUAAUCACGCUCCCUGGCUCGAGCCUGGUAUGGAGCGCUGUGGUCUCAUGGCCAAGAACACAUUCAUCACCCCUGAGGGUGGUACGCAAUCUACAAAGCACCAGGUCUGCAAUCUCUACACUUCAUAUGGUUGUGAAAUCUCUACGCAGUGUCGAAUCAAACCUCAUAUCGAGAUGACUAACGUACGGAAAUACACUUCCCUUUUGAGGAUUCACUAUCACGGUAAAAUUUUAAUUGGAGAUGUCGAAAAAGGAUAA